AGGUUGAUACAAGCCGAAUUGUUCACAUUCACUCAGUGAUCAUUCUGCGCAGGUCAGAUAAAAGAAAAGACCGUGUGGAAAUUUCUCCCGAGCAGCUCUCGGCUGCUUCAACAGAAGCAGAGAGAUUGGCUGAACUAACAGGACGCCCCAUGAGAGUUGUAGGCUGGUAUCACUCUCAUCCUCACAUAACAGUGUGGCCAUCACAUGUAGUUCCACCACCAUCACCCCCUAAAUUGUGUGUUUAUGAUGCUUUCCCCUAUAGGUAUGAAAGGAUUGAAAUCCCCAUCCACGUUGUCCCACACAAUACCAUAGGGAAAGUUUGCCUCGAAUCGGCUGUGGAACUGCCAAAAAUCCUGUGUCAGGAGGAGCAGGAUGCCUAUAGGAAAAUCCACAGCCUCACCCACCUGGAUUCUAUAACCAAGAUUCACAAUGGCUCAGGUACGGUUUCCACCACCCAGAGUUUGGGGGUGCUGCUUAUAUCUCGAGGCUCAGAAAGAUGUAAUUAGGAUUCCGAGUCCUGAAACAUCUGUCAGCAGGGUGUUUUAACUGUCCUGUGUAACUAGUGAGGAGGA